UGUUUUCUCAAACAGGAUGUUUUCCCUCAAGAGUGUGUGAGGGUUCAGUCGAUGUUUUACCGUCAGUGGGACGCAUGCACGGCUCGUGUAGCUUGCUGUUGGAUGAUCUUCAGGUUUUAAUGUGAUGAGGGGAAAAGCCUUGUGGGACAUUAUUCUUCUGUUGGAGGCAAGUUCACACUCACGCUGCGAGAGAUGAGGACGAGCGUUGGCUGGACGUUCCUGAUGCUGCUGGGCUGCAGGUUAUCAUGUGCCACUCAUGUGUCUCCGAACACAUGCCCCUGCAAUGUGCGGCUGAAGGCUGUCUGCGUACCCGGCAGAGAAAACGUGUCUGUGACGUGCCCAAACGUGACUGCAGACGAAAUUAUAUUCAAACUUUUCAAGGAGCGUGAACUGAUUUCCAACGUCACAUGCACCCGUGAAAACAACACGCUGAAAUGCACGUCGCUCUACACCAGGGUUGGCGUGGAAGUGGAGAACAUACGGCAGAAAUCCAUGGAUUUCGUUCUCACCAGAGUGACUGAGAGCAGCUAUGGAACCUACAGAUGUGAGAGCCUCGUUAUGUUCCCUCCUCCCCUGAAAACAGUACACAGUGCUGGGAUGAUCCUUGUAGAAGGACACCCCUGCAGGUUCAAGAAAGACACCAGUAAAGACAGCAGUCACUGUGAUGAUAAUCCAAGCCGAGGAUUUGACUGGAUUUGGAUUCCGAUGGUUGCACUUCUAAGCAUCUACAGCGGAACUGUCACCGUCAUUGCCAUCGUCAUCUGGGUCAGGAUGAGAAACGAAGCUUCCCAGAGUGAUUACAUGAACACCAAACCCAGAGGAAUGAGGGACGGCAGGAAGAAAAGAGGGAUUCAGAAACCAAUACCACGACACUUCUGAUCUCACACACGUCCUCUGACCAUUUUCACAACUAUGCCCACUACUUAUGUAUAAAAAGAAGGGAUGUCCUUGUAGCUUGUUUGGAAAAGAACAUUAUUGUGAUGGGGUUUUCUUUAAGAGUAAAUCACGCUUGUCGUGUCUACACAGCAAAAAGCAGCAGUUCCCUUUGCAGCUGUAGCUGUAAAAAAAACAAUAAAUUAACUGUUUUGGUUUCA